CAGCAGCGCAACCGCUACGUCCAACACUUUCCUCUCUGCAACACAGCUUGACCUAGAUUACUACAUGUUCUCCCUAACUUCCUUUCGACGAACAAUGCGUGCAUAUCCUGAAUCUCUCAAAAGGGAUUCUUUAGUGUUGUUUGGUUGUCUUGUUCAAAGUAAGGCUGUUAUCUCAUCACUGUCUGGCGUUUCUACUUCUGCCAAUCCCCUUUAUUAUAUCACUUAUGCACAGGAGAGAAGUUAUGGGGUAUUAAGAUCUUUCCUUGGAGCACAGCACAUAUUCUCGCCUGCUGAUAAUUCGGUGAUGAAAAGAUUGGAAAUGUUUGAGUUUUGUAGUGUCAGUAGAAAAUUGCUACAUUCGAGAUACAUGAGCAGUGCAUCAAUUGAGUUAAAGACGGAUGGUGGUGCUGUGAGGUUUUCUUUUAAUAAGCAGGGUAACAAAAAUGGGUCACUGAAGACAGUGAAGGAGGGGGCUAAAAGGUUGAAAAUGUCAAAAAAGGCCAAGCGUAAUGAACUCAGGUUCUAUCGUCUCAUGGCCAAAAAGAAGAUGAAUUCUUCAAACCCAGAAGUUAGGAUUAGAUACAAACUUGGGAAGGCCAAACGGAAGGAAGCAUGGCUUAUUGAGAAGUUGAGGAAAUUUGAGGUUCCUAAAGGGCCAGUUGAAACAUAUGAUCCUGAAAUUUUAACCGAGGAAGAGAGACACUACUUAAAGCGUACUGGUGAAAAAAAGAAAAAUUAUGUCCAAGUUGGAAGACGAGGAGUGUUUGGAGGAGUUGUUCUUAAUAUGCAUCUCCAUUGGAAGAAGCAUGAAACUGUGAAGAUUGUUUGCAAGCCUUGCAAGCCAGGGCAAAUUCAUGCUUAUGCUGAAGAAAUUUCUCGACUGAGUAAGGGCAUUGUGAUUGACAUAAAACCUGACAAUACUAUAAUAUUUUAUCGUGGAAAGAACUACGUGCAGCCAGAAGUCAUAUCACCUCCUAACACCUUAUCUAAAGACAAGGCCCUGGAAAAAUAUAGGUAUGAGCAGUCCCUUGAGCAUACAAGUGGGUUCAUUGAAAAGUUGGAGCAAGAACUAGAAGAGUAUCAUAAGCAUAUUGCUUUGUACAAGAAAAGAAAAGAGGAUACAAAUCGUGAUUCCUUGGAUAAUAUUGGUCCAAGAAAAGAGGAGAUUUAGCCAGUCAUCUUCCUUGGAGAAUCCAGUGUUGAUUACUGCUCAAAAGAAGAUUUUUUGUUCAACUGCACUCCUGUGAACAGAGCAAGAUUAGUCAAAUUCCAGAAGUUCCAUAGUGUCCAAGGUUACAACACAUAAUUUUUCCUUACAAAACCAAAAGAGAAAAGAGGCCUUGGUCAAGAAAAGAGCAACUCCAGCCAAACCGUCAGCCUGUCUGUCCUCCCAUAUUCUUUAUCCCUAUCAGAGCCUCCCUCCUCUGGAUUUUGAAAACAGCCUGUAGAGCCCAGCAACCUGCCACCAGGGAACCCAAUUCACUCCCUUCCUUACCGGUGAACAGAAAUUAUUCUCUACGGGCAGUUGGUGAAUGCUGUUGUGUGUAGAGAGCUAUAGGGGGUCGACGUCUUUGUUUUUCUUCAAACCCCCAAUCCGCUCUUGCUCGCUGCUACUAACGGGGUCUCGGUUGAUUUCCCUUCCUUUAGUUACGCAGAUAUUUCAGUUCACUAAAUUUGAAAAGUCCAAAGAGCACAGACUAGCUAUGGAGAUCCAUGGAUCAUAGACGGUGGCCAAUGAAUUGCUGUUCUUUGAGCAUGCUCACGAAACUGCUGAAGCUAUCCAUGCCCAGAACCCUACGGAUGCUGAUGAUUAAACGAGACUUGGGGAGCUACCCCGGUGGUGUAUUGGUUUCAAACUGAUUCAGAUUGAAAGAUAAUUUAUAUUGUGAUCCCAUAACCAGAGGAAACAUGGAUGGUACAUCACCAGGAAAUGCAUAUAGAGCUCUUUAACUGCUCACCAGGAGCAAGCCUGAGAAUGUAUUUAUAUGAAG